CCGUGACGUAAGAAUGCAUGCUCAGCUGCUUAGACAAUCAACUUUGACUCACCUGAUUUUUUGUAGAUCUAAAUAAUUAUCAUCAUGACCUUAGUAGACACGGACUGUAUAGUGGAACUAGAAAUGGCUGAUUUGAAGGAGAGCCCCAGGUUUCCUCGUAGAAUGCUUUCUACAGAAGUCCCCAGUGAUUCCAAGGGUCAAAAAGUAUGUGAUGACAAGCAGAGUUCAGCAUAUGUACAAGCACAGGUUGACUCUCGACAUCAGUUUGCUAUGUCUCCUUGUAUGACAGAAAAUCCUGAGGCAACACACAGCAAGUCUUCAAUAACCACGAAAGGUGGUGAUGGAAUUAGUAAAAGUGUUGACAUUCACUCAAGUCGUGGUGGUCAGUUUUCAGUUGCCGCUAGGGAUGCAUCUUUGCUAGAGAGGAUUGCUCACAAAGCAACUAAGGAGACACGUGUCUUAGAACCCCAUGAAGUUUUUAUUGAAUUGGAAGAGCUACAAUAUGAUUCUAUGGAGAGUUUGGAAUGGAAAGAAACUGCACGUUGGAUUAAAUUUGAGGAAGACGUUGAACAGGAAGUUGGUCGAUGGGGACGUCCUCAUGUAUCUGCCCUAGCAUUUCAUUCCUUAGUUGACCUGCGGAAAGGGCUUGAAGAAGGUUGUGUCCUGCUAGAUGUGGAAGGAGAUAAUUAUCCUUCCAUUGUUGAUGAUUUAGUAGUUUAUCUUGUUAAGCAUAAUUAUCUUAGUGAAGACAGUGUUGAUUACGUAGUUCAGGCUCUUUAUAUGAAGCACAAGCACCAACAUGAGACUACUUUAUGGAAUAAAUUGAGGCUUGCUGCAAAGACUGCUGAUGGGAAACUGCAUGAUAUUGGGAACCAACUGCGUCGUAGAUAUCAGUCACAUGACACAAUCGCUGAAACUGAAGCCAGCUCACAGCUGAUUUAUUCUACUGAUCAAAAAGAAGUCUCCCCAACUGUAGAUACUAUCGACAAUUGUGCCUCUGCUAUUCCAUUUAAAGAGCACUCUGAGCUUGGUACUUGUAAUAAUCCUACAAAGGCAAACACUUGUGAUACUGAAAAAUCUAAAGCAUCGUCUAAUCUUAUAAUGUAUACACAAAAUAACAAAGAGAAGUUGUCACACUCUAUGCAAGAUCUUCUUCAGAGAAUACCGGAAAAUGCUGAAUCAUUGGCAGUUUUAGUUGGUGGAGUUUCUUUUCUGAAAGAAACUCUUGUUGUUUUUUUGCGCCUAAAGCAUAGUCAUCUAUUAGGCAAUUUAACAGAAGUGCCCAUACCUGUUCGCUUCAUUUAUCUAGCUCUUGGUCCACCUAACUCUAUUGACUACCAUGAAGUUGGACGUGCUAUGGCAACUCUUAUGUCUGAUAAACAUUUUCAUGACAUAGCUUAUGCAUCAUCGUCUAAAGAAGAGUUAUUGGAUGCAAUUGAUGUAUUUUUGGAUGGUAGCAUUGUCUUGCCCCCUGGCGACUGGGAUCAAGAUCUUAUUUUACCACUAAUGCAUGAAAGACAUGAAAUGAAACGAAAUAAAGAGAAGAAGCAAUUGCAUUCUGAUCAUGAUGAAAGCAUCAAGUUUUCUUGUAAACCUUGUGGAGGAUUGUUUCAUGAUGUCAAAAAUCUAGUGAAGCGCUAUCCCAGUGAUUUCAAAGAUGUUUUACAUAUUCAGCCUUUAUUGGCUAUUUUAUUUGUCUACAUUUCUUGUGUUGCUCCUGCUAUUGCUUUUGGAGGUCUCAUGGGAGAGGUCACACACAACUUGAUAGGAGGGACGGAAACUUUAGUUGGGACGGGUCUUUGUGGUAUUGUUAACGGUUUGUUUUCAGUGCAACCUCUGUCUAUUUUAGCUUUUACUGGGCCAUUGUUGCUCUUUGAAGAAGUCAUCAUUGAGUUUUCUCAUUUGUUACAUAUUGAAUACCUGCCUUGGAGAGCUUGGAUUGGACUUUGGGCGAUGUUUGUUAUUUUACCUUUUGCCAUUUUUGAAGGAACCUUUUUAGUAAAGCAUUUCACUCGUUUUAGUGAAGAAAUUUUUACUGGAGUUGUAGCAGUGUUUUUUGUUGUAGAGACCGUAAGAACAUUGAGUAGAAUAUUUCAACGCAAUCCUUUGUGUGGUGUCUUUUAUCCUUGUGGUCGAUAUGCACAAUGUACUAACAUUUGUGACUGUUCAUUAAGCAAUGCCAGUGAUGUGUCUGAUUAUGGACCUGGAGUAAAUGAAAGCAUUAAUCCCGAAGUGCCACGUGCUUUUAAUGUGUGCAACCAGCCUAAUACUGCUCUCUGGUCAGUAUUUUUGUGUCUUGCUGUUUUUUUCAUUGCUGUCCUACUAAGAAAAUUUCGCCAGAGUCAAUUUCUUUCAAAGCAGGCUCGCCGUCUUGUUAGUGACUUUGGUAUGCUUACUGCUAUACUCACCAUGGUUAUACUUGCAUUUUUCUUGCGUAACUUUAUCUCAGUGGAAGUUCUAGCUAUUACAAAUGGAUGGAGACCAAGCAAUUCAUCAGCACGGGGAUGGAUUAUUAACCCAGUUUAUAAUUUAAAAGCCUUUCAUAUUGUAGGAGCUAUAAUUCCAGCUAUUUUACUUGGUACCUUAAUUAUCAUUGAGAAUCAGUUAGCAUUAUUCUUGGUUAAUAAACCAGAACAUGGAUUACGAAAGGGUGCUGGGUAUCACUUUGACUUAUGCAUUGUUGGAGUACUGACUAGUUUCUGUGGUAUAUUGGGGCUACCUUGGCAUUCUGCUGCUCCUGUUCGAUCUCUUCAGCAUCUGCAGGCAUUGAGUUACUUUUCUAAGAAGACAGCUCCGGGAGAGAAACCUCAUUUGGAAGGAGUGUAUGAGCAAAGGGUCACCAAUAUUGCUGUUCACGUUUUAAUCAUUUUAUCACCAUUUGCUUAUAGAAUAUUGCGUGAAAUUCCUUUUUCUGUUGCUAUGGGGGUAUUCCUUUACCUUUCUUAUGCCUCUUUUAGUGGCAUACAAUUAAGAAAGAGGCUUAAGCUGUUUUUUAUGCCACCCAAGCAUCAUCCUGAUAUUCAUUAUGUUCAGAAGGUUCGAACUUGGAAAAUGAACCUCUACACUUUAUUGCAAGUUUUUUUAAUUGCUAUUCUCUUUGGGUUAAAGGUGUCACCUGCUGGACUGUUGUAUCCAUUAGCUAUAGUUCUUUUGGUGCCAAUUAGAAAAUUUAUUGGAAGAUAUGUGUUCAGUCAUGUUGAAAUGGAAGCUCUUGAUAGUGAAGAAGAUCAUCCUGAUGAAGCCAGUGAUGAAGAUGUCUUUGCAGAGUAUAAGCAAACAUCUGUACCUUAUUGAUUUGAUUUUAAUACUUUAUGUUUGUGUGAAGCAUUAUGUCAUGCAUUAUGUGAGAUUCGAAAAAAUUUAAAAUAAUA